GCAGUGCGCGGCGCACAGCCCGCCUGGGAAGUCGAGUUCCGUAAACAUCGACAACUCCCAGCGUGGAACGAAUUAAACACAAACAACGAAUUCAACAACAACAACAACAAAACCCAACAACAACAACGUCUCCGCCGUCACGAGACAGUCACACCCAAUGCCUCGCGUCGCCCGCAGCACGCGCUGGGUCGCGGUGGCCGCCCUCGUCGCACUCGCGCUGGGCGCCUCGCAGGGUCCGGCAGGCCGCGACGCGGACGUCGGGGCCGGCGAUGAGGUGCAGGCCACAGCUCACGCCGGCUCAGUGGCGGCCGACGAGAACGGCGGCGUCGGCGGCGACGGUGUCGAUCAACAGCAGAAGCAGCAGCAGCAGCAGCAGCAGCAGCUGAGCAGGUCGGACCUGCGCAGAGUGGAGGUGGGGAAAGAGGAGGACGUGGCACCGGCGGGGUCAGCCGAGGUCAAGGGUGGUAAGGUCAGUGGGGCGCAGGGUCACCUCGUCAGGACUGACCUCGGCGCGGUGGAACUGGAUUCGGGAGAUGAGUUCAAGCCGCCGCCGCCGCAGCCGCCGCCACUGACGGAUGUGGAGCAUGGGGAUGACCGGCAGGUGCCCGGCGGUGCCAGAGGCAGCGAGGAGGGAGAGGACGGGAUCGACAAGGAGGAGAUUGAGCUCCAGAAAGAACGGUUUGACAAUGAGACCGAGGCAAACAGAAACAGGACCGUGGAGCCACCGAGCACCACCACUCCUCAGCCACCUCCAGCUCCAACCCCACCCAAGCCCAUCCUGCCGGUGCAGACGGGGGAGCAGGCGCAGCGGGAGGAGCAGUCCAGCGGGAUGACCAUCUUCUUCAUAUUGCUCGUACUCGCUCUUUGCAUCGUCCUGGUGCGUCUGCUCAUUAAAUUCAAGCUGCACUUCCUGCCUGAGAGCGUGGCUGUGGUCUUUCUGGGUAUUGUUGUUGGAGCCUUCAUUAGAAUUGUGGAAAAAUACAAACUGGCCAACUGGAAGGAAGAGGAAAUGUUUCGGCCAAACAUGUUUUUCCUUAUCCUCCUACCACCCAUCAUAUUUGAGUCUGGAUACUCCUUACACAAGGGAAACUUCUUUCAGAACAUCGGCUCCAUCGCUGUGUUUGCUGUAUUUGGAACUGCCUUAUCGGCUGCAGCAGUCGGAGGAGGAAUAUACAUUCUGGGACAGGCAGAUGUAAUUUACAAGUUGACCAUGAUGGACAGCUUUGCCUUCGGCUCAAUGAUUUCUGCCGUGGAUCCCGUGGCCACGAUCGCUAUAUUCAACGCGCUCAGCAUUGACCCCGUGCUCAACAUGUUGGUGUUUGGCGAAAGCAUUCUCAACGAUGCCGUCGCAAUCGUGUUGACCAACACGGCCGAAGGGCUGACGAGCCCUGAUAAGUCGGAUGUGAGUGGCUCCCAUGCAUUCCUGCAGGCGUUCACAAACUUCCUGCAAAUGUUCUUUGGUUCAGCAGCGCUGGGAAUACUCUUGGCGCUCAUCUCCGCUCUCCUUUUGAAGCACAUUGACCUGAGGAUGACCCCUUCACUGGAGUUUGGGAUGAUGAUAAUAUUUGCAUAUCUGCCAUAUGGCCUCUGCGAGGGCCUAAAGCUGUCAGGGAUCAUGGCAAUCCUGUUCACGGGCAUCGUGAUGUCCCACUACACGCAUCACAACCUCUCGCCCAUCACGCAGAUCAACAUGCAGCAAACCCUCCGCACAGUUGCCUUCCUCUGCGAGACGUGCAUGUUUGCCUACCUGGGGCUGGCGAUCUUCAGCUUCCCGCACAAAUUUGAAAUCUCCUUUGUCAUCUGGUGCAUCGUGUUGAUCCUUGUUGGUCGUGCCAUCAACAUUUACCCACUGUCCUUCCUGCUCAACUUCUUCAGGGACCACAAAAUUACUCCCAAGAUGCAGUUCAUCAUGUGGUUCAGCGGCCUGCGCGGAGCGAUCCCGUACGCGCUGAGCCUGCAUUUACAGCUGGAGCCGCUAGAGAAGCGACAGCUCAUCGGCACCACCACCAUCGUUAUCGUGCUCUUCACCAUCCUGCUGCUGGGCGGCGCCACCAUGCCACUCGUCAAAUACAUGGACAUCGACGAGGCCAGCGCCCGUACCAAGCGCCCGCGCAAGGACAUCAGCCUCAGCAAGACUGAGAAGAUGGGCAACACAGUGGAGACGGAGCACCUGUCGGAGCUGACGGAGGAGGAAUACGAGGCCACGUACGUGAAGCCCAACCUCAAGGGCUUCCUGUGGCUGGACGCCAAAUACCUCAUCCCCUUCUUCACGCGGCGCAUCACGAAAGAGGACUUACGCAACGGCAGGAUACAAAUGCGCUCGCUCACCAACAAGUGGUACGCCGAGGUGCGGCAAGGACCGUCGGGAUCGGAGGAUGAGGAGCACGAGCUUUUGUGACGGCGCCGCGGACAUGUUAGCGCGCACUCGCACACACUCGCACACACUCGCACGCACUCACACGCACUCGCACGCACUCGCACACACUCACACGCACUCGCACUCGCACGCGCUCAAAGACAAAGAUCCCCCAUAUAGCCUUAACAGAUUUUUGGGGCAAGUGCUGUUAGCAUCUAUGAUGGCUGGAACGGCACACGAGGGGGUGUGGCAAACACGAUGCCCGACCACCUUUGUCUCCCCAGUGGCAAUGUUUUUACACACCGCACUAGGUACUGAUUUGAGGCCGAGUCAACAUAGGGGAGGCCCAGGACCGGUUGAGAUCAUCGUAACUGUGUUGGCCCUGAGCGGGAAUUGAAUUGCGGUUCCCAGGUUUCUAGCGCAGCGUGCUGACCGCUACGGUCGCCCUUCCCAUACACACAAAGACAAAGAUCCCCUGUAUAGCCACACACACACACACACGCUCACAAGCACACACUCACUGGCUCGUCUCGUUUCCUUUAAAUCAUCUCCGUCGUGUCUCUUAUUAAGAAUGGGUCCAAACGCACUUUAUGCGUGAAGGUAUUUUGACGUAGCUGCUGGAAAGGCCGAGGGGAUUGUUUUAAGUCUCUUCUAAAAAAAAGGCGUUAUUGUUUUAGUUUUAUGUGCAAUGGUAAUGUUUGUAAUGAGAGGUGGCCCUAUGGAAAGUGCCUGGUCAUGAUGUUUAUUGUUAAUUCCUAGCAUCUGGCUCGGUUGCACUCAUCGUUAGGAAAAUCUCCGCCCUCUCCUUUCACUUUCUGCCCUCAAACUCCAGGUUCAUGCUCUGAUCUUUACCCGUCUGGACUACUACAAUUCUCAUCUUCUUGCUGUCCCUACCUAUGCUCUCACUUCCCUCUAACAAACUCAAAAAUGCUUCCGUGCGGGUUAUAAUCUCCCAUUUAAUUGUCACACUUGGCUUCUCCCUCGACUCCACUGGCUUCCCGUUUACACCACUGCCUUUUCAAAUACCUCGCACUCGUCUUGAAAUCUCUGCAUGGCCUUGCCCCACCUCAUCUUGCCUCUCUCAUCUCUGUCCAUGAUGCCCCCGCUCCUCUUCGUUCCCAAUCUUCUCUCUGUCUCUCCUCACUGUACCAAAUCUCAUUUUCAAUUUCUCUUCCUCCAUAUCCCCUCCACUGAAGAAAACGUCCCCUGUACAUGAAGCAGUCCCCCUCCUUAACCUCCUUUCAUUUCCUCCUCAAAGCUCCACUUCUUCUCCAUUGCCCAUUUCCCUCUUCCCUCCCCUCUCCCCUCCACUCAUUCACGUCCCUCCCCGGCCCUUUCGUGAUCCCUCAGUACCCUCUAUCGUGGUCACUCGUUCUCGCCCCCCCCCCCCCCCGCCACCUAAAUCACUCUAUUUUCUGACUUCGUUUUAAAUUGCGUUAAGCGCCUUGAGCUAAGGCGCUCUAUAAAUAUAAACUAAGAUUAAGACAAUAAACCGUCCCCUCCUCGGGCCUUGAAAUGCAGGCCCUGACUGCAACCCUAUUCUGUGCAAUGGCCAUAGAACACAUGGUGUUAAGGUAGCAUGUAGGACAGUCGCACGACAUGAAGUAACCUUUUAAUCUUCAUCGAGGUUUUCUUUAAGAGUUAGGGUGGUCGCAGUAUGCGAGAACCUUGCAAUAGAAUGGUACUUGCGAAGCAGGCCUAAGGCUUUUAGUUUUCGCGUGUGUUACGUUUUAAUGAAAGCAAGUAGGGGAGCGCUUCAUUAACGAGAGUGAGUGGACCGCGGUGUGUGCGACGAUUUGUGUCACUGUGAAACGAGCAAUACUGGUAUAAGAAAAAGAGGGCUACAUUUGUAUAUUGCUAAAGCAAAAAACGUUGCCAAAGUGUCCAUUUUCAAGUGUUAACAUUUUUCAGCAUCUGUAUUCACAGCUUUCCCUACUUUUGGUAAUAAUGACGUUUAAUUUGACUGCAUCCAGUCGGGGUUUUUUACCUUGUAUUUUUAAUUAAUGUGGUUAUUGGUGGUUUUAUUGAUUUUUUCUCUUUUAUUUAACAAGGAAAUGGGGUAUAUUGAUGGGAUAACUGUUAGACUUAAUGGUAUAGAGCAUGAUGCUGGGUAAUUGAACAACAGCAUACAGGGCAUGGGAUGCCACGGUGGCGAGAUGUUAACUACCUUGCCUGGUAUACGUGAGUGGGUUCGAUCCCAACCCUGACGCCUAUAUACAAUUCCACAUGAUAAGCCACUUUGUUGAGUUUUUUUUCGUGGCCAAGUCGCUUCUGAAAAAGAGCUAAUCAGCUCAGUGGGCCUUACCUUGGUAAAAUAAAUUGCAUAAAAAAAUAAGUGUAUUACAAGUUGUUCUCUUUCACAAAUGUGAAGCAACUUUACGUCCCUUGCCUGGGUCAAGUUCCACAAUUUUCAGACUCCUUGGAUCCAGGCACUCACAAGGUCACAUGGUUGCACUUAUGCCUUGCGAUUCCCCUGCUGGUAAAUGAUUGCCUAGUCGUGUAGAAAAGAGGGCAUGGAUUUAGAUACAGCCACAAUGUCCUCAAGCAGUGGCUUAAGUGGAUAUCAAGAUUGACAACCUCAAUAUCGUAUGCAAUAGGCGUUAAGAAAAUGAGCCAGAACACACUCAAGAGAGGUUUCCUGAGAGCAGUGUGGAACCACGUGGUUGGUUUAAUGGAUCCAGGAAGAUUAUCAUUAGGGCAUGCAACCCCCCCCCCCCCCCCACAGUGAUUUAAAAAAUGGCCGCAAUUCGUGGCCACAAUUUUGUCUUCUGUUUACCGUCUCGUUCGUGCGGUUUUAUUUUCAUUCGCCUCAAAGUAAUGGCAUUUAAUCUCCAUACAGUUUGCAUUGCGCAUCAAUGAUAACUUUUGAGAAACAUGCAUGUGAUGCGAGUGUAAAGAUCGAUCUUAACCAAUGAAUGAUGGAUGCGUCGUCAUACGUAUUGGAAUGGGUGUGAUCGGUUAGCUUACCGAUUUCAUUUGUUUGUUUGGCCAAUGUACGAUGAAACAUCUCAUUCGCCGUUCAUCCGGGACACCGUUUAUAAUUGUUUUUACAGAGGUUGUUAACUUUGCCAUUUGAAACUGUAAUGUUGACAGUGGUUAUAGUUGAGCUGCUAUGAUUUUAUUGCUUUGAUUGGCACUGUUUGUGGCAGCAGCAGCACUUUUGACACGAUCCGCAGGGCGUGUUGGCAGCGAUGAAUGUUUUUUUAUUGAAGUGUGACUGAAAAAUUAUACAAAAUAGAGCACAUAAACUUUUAAUACACGAGCGUUGUUGACACUGUUCUAGGCAUUUAUUUAUGGGGUUUAACGUGGAUUUUGUGUACACGAAGUUGCUUUUUUUGAACAAAAUAAAGUCUAUUCAUUGGAACA